CGGUUUGGCUUGUAGCAGAAGGAGCAGUCCAAGUAGCCGAGCCGUCAGCUGUCGAGGGUAACGACUUUCUUCACCGUUGUGCUUCAAAAUAAACACCGAGAAACAAACAAAAAAGCAACCUAUCCUCUGCAUCGGGACAGGAGAUGGACAACAGUAAACGGACUGUGGUGGUUACAGGUUUUGGGCCAUUUGGAGAGCACACGGUCAACGCCAGCUGGGUAGCAGUACAGGAACUGAAGAAGCUCGGGCUGGGCAGUGAAGUGGACUUGCAUGUGUACGAGGUUCCUGUAGAGUACCAGACGGUCCAGAGUUUGGUUCCUUCAUUAUGGAAGCAGUAUCAUCCACUGUUGGUUGUUCAUGUUGGAGUCUCAGGUAUGGCCACCACUGUCACGCUGGAGAAGUGUGGCAGAAAUCAUGGAUACAAGGGUCUGGACAACAGCAGCUUUUGUCCUGAUUCACAGUGUUGCAUUGUGGGAGGUCCGGAUUGCAUUGACUCUGUUAUUGACAUGGAAUCAGUCUGCAAGAGAGUGACCGCCUCUGGGCUAGGAGUAGCUGUGUCUGUCUCCAAAGAUGCCGGAAGAUAUCUCUGUGAUUUCACCUACUACACGUCUCUGUACCUGAGCCAUGGUCGCUCUGCCUUCAUCCACGUGCCUCCUCUUGGAAAGCCUUACAGUGGGGAAGACCUGGGUCGUGCGCUGAAGGCCAUCGUCCAGGAGAUGCUGGAGCUUCUGGACCAGGCCGAGGAGAAGAUACACUGCCAGCAGCACUUCCACUAAGUGACCUCCAGAUGCCAACCAGCCUCUCCAGCCCUCACCACACAAGAGAAAUUGCACUUAACCACAAGUAGCCAAACUCCUUUCUUUUUUUAAUUGUUGUCUUGUCUUGGACAAAACGAAAACUUCAGGAUAUGGGACAUUUUCAGUGUUUGUUUCUCUUUGUCUUGGGUUUUCAUUUUCUGUUUUGCUAAAACUGAUUGAGUUAUGUUUUAAUGUUUCCCGAUGGUGACAAGAUAAAACCGGAGUCUGAAGACAACUCUUGGUCACACUGUAUCGUAAGCUUUUCUCCCACUUCCAAGGAACAUGAAACAUUCUGACCUUGGAGUUUAUAAAUGGAAAUUACUAUAGGUUCACUAAAAAAACACAGCAGCAGAAUGCUGCUCAUAUUUGUUUAUGUGCAGUUACAAUAAAGAUCCAAAAGGUCUAUAGUGUGGCAGAUAUUACAACCUGAAUCCCCAAAUGUGACUUCUAUUAUUGCACCUUUUAUGGUUAAGGUUAUUGAAAUGGUUAUAGAAGUCAUGUUUGGGUAAACUGUUAAAUGUACUCUACAUUAUUUGACUUCUGUAGUACUUCAUCUUUAAAUUCUGAGUUUUACUUGGUCACAAUAUGUUUCAGGCAAUGGGUGUUUACACCUGAGUCUCUAUAAAUGGUUAAUGUACAUGAUACAUUAUGAUUUAAGUAUAAAUGUUUAGCAGUAAACUCGGUUUGCUAAUUUCAGUUUCUUUCAGAUAUUUUUCCAGCUGCUCUAAAUCCUAACUGCGCUGUUUCACAUUUAAUGUUGAAUUGUUUCUUGCGUCCUUUUUCUUUAUAAGAAGUUGUAAAUUUGCCUUCUUUUACAAAGGUUAUUUAAAUCAGGGAACGGGUUGGUUCCAGCUCAUUUUCCCCCAGUUUGUCAGCCCAACUCUGACAGAAAACUUCCACAUUCACCUCACUGAGAUCUGGCCCCAGGCUGUGCAAUGUUAUUUUUCAGAUCUCAAGUCUCUUGAUUCAUAUUUUGGGUUUGUCAAAAUUUCACUUUGGCUGCACAAUUAUUUGAGAAAUUAUUGAGCAUUGCAGUUGUUACUUUGAACUGCAUUAAAUACAGUAGUUCUGCUGCGUGAGCUGUGUUUCCAGUGACAUAAACUAAACACUGUCUACAGUCUCAAUUUCAAAUAACUGAACAAAUGAUCAAUGAUAUCUUAAACCGUGUAGAAAAAUUGCAUUUUUUUUUUUACAGUUUUCUGCUUUGCAAGAACAAACUGCAAAAUACAGGUUUUCUUUUUUUCUGUAGUUGUACAGCCCUAAUUGGUAUUACUCGAUUAAAGCUUUCUGUUCCUCCCUUCAUUUAAUCAGAUGUAGCUGCUUAUUUUACCUGAGGAUUUGAUGAAGUGUACUCUCAGUUCAGUCAGAGUUGGGCCUGGACUUUUAUUUCUGUAGCACUUUCUUUUUUUUCCCCUUUUUUUUCCAUAAUCUGGAAUUUGGUCAGCAUUUUUCAAACAGUGUGAGUGCUUGCAUCUUGUAUUUUAUUUUCAAUCACUUUAACUUCAAAUAUGUAGCUUUCCAGACAUGCACACAUACAUUUUAAACUUUUGCCCCUAUUAAUUAUCAUUAUGCUUGUGAGAUAUGCUUUCUGGGUGACUUAUGCUUUAACUUCCUGAGAUUUGGUUUAUUCUUUCCUGUUAAACAAACUACAGCAAAUUCCUUCACUCUGUCUGUGAUGGUGCCACUCCCAGUUGUAAUUGUUCCGUUUAAUGCUUUUUUUGUUUCUUGGUUUGUCUGUUUCACUUAGUAGACCAGCAUCUCCCUCCCCAGCUGAGUGGUUGCUAAAAAGACAGCCCACACCACCUAACACAGCUUCAGUUUUAUACAUUUCAGUAGAACUUUUUAAUGCUUGAAUGGUCUACCUGCUGCGUCAGCACCCUAUGUAUCCCCAACAAAAUGACCUUCCUGUGGGAAACAAGGAUAUAGUUUUAAACUGUCAUAGCUAGUUUUAGUAAACUAACACUGUGCUUGGCGUUUCAGCAGCAGUAGUGGUCUUGUGGCCUUUCCUAGACUUUUUAGUUAAAAUGCCAGUGAGUUUGAGUAACUAGUCAUUGUUUUUUUUAGCAGUGUGUGUCAUAUGUAUUUUUGCUGUUCAGUGUCAUGAUUUUUACCACAAAGUAGCAUCCCGGAACAAUGAACCGAACAGAACUGAACUUCAUCUUGGCUAUGUGGUUUAAAACUCUCUGGAGUUAUUGAAAUGAUGGGCAGGUUUUAGAUCUGAGUUUGCAGGUGCUGAUAUUUUACCUUGUUGCUUUGUUAGUUCCGAGAAGUGAAAUGGUUGUGAAAGAGCUGCCCCUAAAAUGUUUAUCAAAUGUGAAAGCCUCAGGUUUACAUAUGAGGUGACCUCUGACACUGACUCUCUCCUGUGCCUUGUUGUUUAUGUGUGUUAUGAAAAGGCCUUAAAAUGCUCAGUGGGUCAGUUCAAAGAUUUAUUACUGAUGUUGUCCAUUCGGAUGUGUGGCUACCUCAAGAAUACUUUUUUAUCUCGGUGUGUGCUCUGUUGUACAAUAACAUUAUGGCUCUGUGAUUUAUUGUGAGUUCCUCUGUUUAGGGAGUAUCCUCUGAAAGGUGUCUUCUUCUGCUUCUGACAUUAACAAAGCACUGUUACAAUAAGUAAUCUUGGCUUUGAAAAAGGAAAGGCUUUGAAAUAAAGAGAAUUAAAGA